AUGGCCGGCCUUGGGGUUCUUGGAAAGUCAAACCAGAGCCUAGAAGCCGAAAGCCAAGUUGCCGGGCGCCGGAACGCUGGGAUGGCCCCAUUGGGUACUUCGGAGGGCCGAAGAGGAUUUCUCGGAACGACGAGAAUCGGCACUGGGGCCGUACUGGGGCCCACACUACGUCCACAGCCGGGGGAGCCAGCCAACUGGGGCAUCGGGUGCGCGAUGGGUCGACUUGGCGAGGACCGCCGGCUCUGA